AUAUAUAUGUGUAGAAAGUAAGUUUUUAAAAGCUUCUAUUAUGACCAGAAAUGCCAACAUUUCGCGCCUUGUUCAAAAGCUUCUAUUCCUUACACCGAAAGACUUUCACCAACUCAAGUACUCACGCUUCAAUCGCUGCUGCCCGUGUAAAGAACCGAGGAGUUGGCCCCGAUCGCCGACAUUUUAAAGAACCCCCGUCUCACGAUGUGUAUUUAUCCACAAAGAUGAUUUCUUCUCAUGUCGAAAACUACAGAUUGGCUGACGCACUCCACCUGUUCGACGAAACGUCUGAGAAAGACACAGUCAUGUGGAAUCUAAUGAUCAAAGGUUGUGUCACUUGCGGAAAUCUAGACAUGGGUUUGAGGCUCUUCAACGAAAUGCCCGAGAAGAAUGUCAUAUCAUGGACUACUGUGAUCAACGCGUUCUUGAAAUACGGGAUGAUUGAAGAGGCUAAAGGGUUGUUCCGGAAGAUGCCGGUGAGAGAUACAGCUUCGUGGAAUGCAAUGGUUCAUGGGUUUUUUGUAAAUAGGAGAGUUGAAGAGGCAAUCAAGUUAUUCGAGGAAAUGCCUGACAGAAAUGUGAUUUCUUGGACAACAAUGAUAAGCGGGCUCGAUCAACAUGGGAGAAGUGACGAGGCUUUAUCGUAUUUCGUGAAGAUGGUGGGAUUUGGGGUAAAGCCUACUUCGAAUACUUUUUCGUGUGCGAUAACAUCUUGUGCUAAUGUGCAAGAUUUGUACCUUGGUAGACAAGUUCAUGGGCAUGUUCUAAAGCUUGGCUAUGUUUCUGACAUGUUCAUUACUGCCUCACUAAUCACCUUUUACGCAAACUGCAAACAGAUUGAGGAAUGUGCGAAGGCUUUUAACGAGAAGUUCCAUCCGAAUGUGGUAGUGUGGACUUCUCUUUUGACAGGGUAUGGUGCUAAUGGUAAGCAUGAAAAUGCGUUAGGAGUUUUUAGCAACAUGAUUAGAGUAGGGAUUAUUCCUAAUCAAUCAUCGUUUACGAGUGCUUUAAAUUCGAGCCGAGAGAUUGAAGCUUUUGAUUGGGGGAAAGGGAUACACUGUGGGGCCUUCAAGAUGGGGCUUGAAAAUGACGUAUUCGUCGGUAAUUCUCUCGUUGUGUUGUACACGAAAUGCGGUAAUAUAUUAGAUGGAGUUGCUGCGUUUAAAGAAAUUUCAGACAAGAAUCUUGUCUCGUGGAAUUCAAUAAUAGUCGGAUGCAGUCAACACGGUCAAGGCGAGUGGGCCCUAGCGUUCUUCACCCAAAUGGCGAAAACGGGACUUAAUCCAGACGAAAUUACGUUCACGGGUCUGCUCAACUCGUGCAGCCAUUCGGGAAAGUUCCGGAAGGGGAGACAAAUAUUCGAGUGCUUAACAAGAUAUUCAAAAGUUGAAGUGAAGAUCGAGCACUAUGCGUGCAUGGUUGAUAUAUUGUGUAGAAGUGGGGAAUUGGAUGAGGCGGAGCGUUUAGUGAAGGAGAUGCCUAUGGAAGCGAAUUUGUCGGUAUGGCUGGCUUUGCUUAGUGGAUGUAGGGGCCCACAAGCUGACCUGGAAAUAGCGGAACGUGCUGCGAAAAGAAUCUUUUGCAUUGAUCCGAAAUGUGGUGCAGCGUAUGUACUGAUGUCUAAUAUAUACGCCUCUGCUGGAAAAUGGAACGAGGUUGCGAGAAUUAGACGAAAGAUGAAAGAAGUCGGUACUGUAAAACAACCUGGUUACAGUGAGGCUUUCGUUUGUUUCGGAUAACUCUUUUGUUCAAAUGAUAAUUUUCAGGCAUUCAAUGGAUAGAUUGAAUAAUCCUGGCCGUGGGAUUACAUAACCAAGAUCUGCAAAAUCUGAGAAAUAGGACACAAAUGAUAUUAAGAUUAGAUGGGGAGAUACAAGAAAUAUGUGAUAACUGCCAAGUAAUGUAGCAAAAGCCAGGUGUUAGGCUCACAAGAACAGAAUCUUGAAACACCAGUCAAAAUUCAGAUACAGAUUGCAUCAUCCUCAUAACAAAAACUAUCACCAUCUCUGAUUCCCUAUCUAUAUAUAACUACUAACUAUCCAAUUAACCCAUUCAUC